AUGAAGAUGACCAAACGAAGUCCUAGACGGCCGCCAGGACGUGCCAUUCCGCCUCUUGCGAUCUUGUUGGUGAUCCAUGUUUUGGUGGGAAUACAGGAGUCCCUCGCCUUUCAGACACCUCUGGUUUCCACACCUACUACAUCUACUAUUAGAUCCCCACUGAUUAUUCUACAAGCCAAAAAGGGCAAACAAAAGAAAUCCAAAAAGGGGAAAAACAAUCAGAAUUCUGGGUUUGCCUGGGCCAGUGGUUUUACGUUAAAACCAUUCGAAGGGCAAGCCCUAAGAGAGUUGGCAACUUCAGCCUUGGCAUCGUUCGAAGGUCGGACCCAGGCACCCUUGGCACCGGAAUUAUCCGGCGUCACAGAUCCACCCAAGGCACUUUGGAAUGCCCCCGUGGCUUGUGUCAUUGCAGGGCUUCCGGACAAGGAAUCAGUGCCCACUGAUGCCGCCAAUCUACUGUAUGCCAAUUUGGCUGCCUUGGAAAUGAUGGGUUUGCAGGCGGAGGACUUCGAACGAUUCUGUCCAGCUUUGGCACCGAUGAUUACCAAAGGAGAAAUCGAUCCAGCAAAGGUCAUUACUAUUGAUCUUCCCAAUGAAAUGAAAGGCGACAAAAAGUAUCAAAAGGGGUACGAAAAGAAGAUUGUGCGGAAAAGCGACAAUCACCCAAAUGAUAUUACUAUUCUCAAUGCUCAUCGCUGGGCUUUAGAAAAGAGUGCUCUAGUGGACGGCAAAUUUGUCGCCACAACACUGGGAGUUGCCUAUGCCUGGGAGGAAUGGCUUGUGGGAGAAUCCACCGUAUGUUCCAAGGGUGGAAAACAACGAGUACUCGUCAACGUUUCCGAUUUGGAAGCAGAAUUGGAACAACAAGCCGCUUUUAUUCGUCAGCUCAAAGAAGAGAAAGGACUGGGCAAUAAGGACCCAAAAGUCGUGCAAGCCGUGGAUAAGUUGCUCCAGUUGAAGGAUCAAAUCGCUGCUGCAACCGAGUCAAAAUAG